AUGUUCUUUAACAGGCCACAGAGCGCUACGACAAGGAAAGAGACUGAGAUGAUCAAUAAGGCCCAACGGGCCGUACACGCAGCCACGGAUUCCAUCGAGAAGUUACGUCUGCUCUGCCUGGCCAGAGGCGCCAAUGGCAUCCUCGGUUUGGGCAGAGCGUUCCGUCGCAUGGACGACGACGGCAACAAAAAGCUGAACCUUGAAGAGUUCACGAAAGGCCUCCAAGAAACAGGUUUGGAUUUCCCUGACGAGGAGAUUCGAGAGAUUUUCGACAAGUUCGAUACCGACGGCGAUGGAAAUGUCAGCGUGGACGAAUUCAUCGUUGCUGUACGGCCCCCGAUGUCCCAGAGCCGUAAGAACGUGGUGGGCCAAGCAUUCAAGAAGCUGGACAAAACCGGUGACGGGUUGAUCACAGUCGACGAUCUGAAAGGAGUAUACAAUGUGAAAUGUCAUCCUCGAUACAUAAGCGGCGAAGAGAGUGAGGAGAGCAUUUUGAACAAAUUCUUAGCGAAUUUCGAGCAGAACAACACCAGAGACGGCACUGUCACCGAGGAAGAAUUCAUGAAUUAUUACAGCGCGAUCAGCGCGAGCAUUGACCACGACGCCUACUUCGAUCUAAUGAUGCGCAACGCUUAUAAGCUCUGAACUUUGUACUGAACCGCCGGCUAUCUCGGGUGUUAUCGGAUUUAUCAAGGACGCCAAGGUUUCACGGUCAAUGUCAAUGUUCAAAGAACACUGCAGCCUGGGUCGCCAACAGCUCAAUUGGGUUCAUUAUUAUAACCGGCCGAACUGGGAACAUAUUCGUGAUUUGGUAUAGGGACAAGGCCUCCUUCUUAUAUAAUAAGCGAUAUAAGUUUACUAUAGCUUGAUUUUGCUCGGCCGUAAUUAUUCGAUGACUAAGCUGGCUAUUCCAUAACGAGGGCAACAAGAAAAUAAUCCGGUAAAAUCAGCUCCAUGAUUCUUUAUAAACGACGAGCAACGGUUCUCAAACAAUAAGCUCGAUGCCCUGAAAAGAAAAUUUUUAUGUCAAUUUACUAUAUAUAGAUAAAGUUUGAUUAUUAUAAAUUGUAUGUGUGCUUAGUACAUAAGGAACAGAAGUUGGUUAUAGGGUCCAAUAC